CUGCUGAGGGGUGUGGGUAGCCGCCGUGGCUGCAGUUGAUAGAGGUCCGUCGACACACGUUAGUAUGCUGCUGCAGGUACAUCUCUCCGCUCAGAGUCAAAUCACCCACAAAUAUAAAAUGUAAGCAGCGAUCUGACACACACACAUGAAGGAGAUAAUGCUGUCGAUCAAUUUCAGUGCCGCCUUGCUGCCUUUCGAUCACCUUUGCUGCCGCCCUUCCCUCAAAGGUCUCAGCAGUGUUGGUGUGUUUGGAGGGGGAAGCCCUCCUUCGUCUCGCGCACAGCCGAAGGAGGGCUGCAGACACCACACACACACACACACACACACACACAGAGGCAGCAGUGUGGAUGGAUGGAUGGAUGGGUACACAUGUGAGUGCGCCAAGCAUGUACCUCUUUCUCGUCGUUCUCUUGUUGUUGUUGUUGUUGUCGUUGUCCGUCGAUCCGCGGGGAGCAUUGCCGCCGCCAUUGGGUGCAGCAGCCGCAGCCUGCUGGUUGAGCCCCUGCAUGUCAGACAACACCAACGGACGCACAGACAGACAGCCGAGAGAGAUAUGUGAUGUGGUGUGAUGUGUGGAGAUUCGGGUAGCUGUGUCUGUGUGUGUGCCGGGUGUUCACGUGUCCAGCCGAGUUGCCCUGGGCAGCACCGCCGCCGCCACCCGCAGAAGCAGCCGCCGCCUGGUUCAACGCCUGCAUGUCAGAUAACACCAACGGCCGGACAGACAGAGAGCCGAGAGAGAUAUGUGAUGUGGUGUGAUGUGUAGAGAUUCAGGUAGCUGUGUCUGUGUGUGUGGCGGGUGUUCACGUGUCCAGCCGAGUUGGGUGCCCCCUGGUGGUGGUACAUGCCGACAACUGAUGAAGGCACACACACGAUGCAUGUACGUGUGUGUCGUUCAUCCAUCAUGGUGUGUGUGUUGUCGUUCCCAUCUGCGCACCAGGCAGCCCUGGGGCCGGAAUGAGGCUCCCCUGAACGCAUCCAUCCAUCACACACACACACCCAUCCAUCCAUCCAUCUAUCCAUCCGGCAGUCAGUCUGUUUGGAGGUAGGUGGUGGGUGUGGGUAUGUAUGUGGGUGGGUGCGCGCUGCUGGCGCCGGCAUACACUCAUCCGUCCAUCUAUUACGUACGUCGGGGAGGUAGUACACGAAACGCGUCCGCUGCAACAACGCACACAACACACAACACACCAAACCACACCACACCACAACACAACACAACACAAUGCGGUCAUCCAGCCAUACGUCGUGUGGGCAUGUGUGUGCGGGGUGUGUGUGGCUUUACAUUGCUAUUGAAAUCCGGGAAUGUCUGACACGUCAGGUAAAGAGGAAACCAGGCAGAGAACAAUCGUCCAACGCAAUGGACCCCUUUCUCUCCAUCCCCUUCCCCCCACCUGCAGACAUACAUACUGGCCGAUGAAACUUGAGUAGGGGGUGUUGUAGUAGGCCGUCUGCCAUGCAUGGCAUGCAUGGAUACAAUCCAUGUGAGCUCUUUGGCGGAUGGAUGGACGGAUUGAUGGAUGGAUGGAUGGAUAGAUGCGGACGCCCACCUACCACGUGUCCCUGUUCAAAACGGACACACACACACACACACACACGCACACGCACACAGAGAUCCAUGACACCACAUGCGCACUGCAACGGCUCUCCGCUGGCUGGUCGGUGCGACGUGUGGUCUUACGUCCUCCUUGAGGAUCUGCAUCGUCGCCAUAUCAGGCCGGUCCUGCAGGGGCGACACAAAGACCGAGAUCUCAUGGUGACAUUGCCGCACCAAGAUGGAGCUCCUCACCACAGGUCUCAACACGCGCAAAUCUACCACAGCAUACUGCACCAUGCAACCAACGGACACAUGACAUCGACAUCGCCCGCACCGACAGAGAUCUGUCUGAGAUCUCUCUCUUGCGCCCAUCUGCCCGCUUUCGUGGCCUGCCUACCUUGCGCAGCCCGUGCGGUAUGAAGUGUCUAUUGACGUAGUAGCCGGGCACACAGCCGGCGGGGGGAGAAGGCCCGCCAACGCCGCCCGGACCGCCGCCCGAAGGACCGGGCCCGCCGUGCCCGCCGCCGCCUUGCUGCAUCAUCUCAAGAUCUUCAGCCACUG